AUGGGCAAUGAUGUUGGAGUUGGGGAUGGUGGGGAACGCAAUUUAGAAAAUGGAGGAAAAAGGGACACUGAAGGAGGCUCAAACCAGCCUCAAGCGCAUGGUGCCGUUUUCCAUUGCGUCGAUGUCGGGCUGAAUGAAACAAGAGUUCAGACAGUUUCCCCGGGCGUGGCGGACAAAAUGAUCUUCAAGCCACUAGGAGAUGCAUAUCCCAACUUCCCGCGAUGGUGGUGGAAACGAGUUUCCGGAACAAAGUUCUAUCGUGCACGUUCUGACUGUAAGAAGUCGAAAAAGGCGAAAGAUAUACUACCUAUACGCACCAGCGGCGCAAUCAAAACGCGUUAUAUAACUUUCAGGAUAAACAUUAAAGAGCAUUACACACUCUGGGCUGUGAUUUUCCUCGUGCUGGUGGCCAUGGUCUUUACUCUUAGUGCCACACUGUGUAUUUUGCCUAUGUGGCUAAGGGACCACCCAGGAGAUCUACAGAAUGCGACAGUACUAGCGGUGUUUGCUAUCGGUGUAUUGUCGAUUCUUAGCAGUUUUGCUGUCUCACUCUUUUCAGUUCAAAUGACGAAGUCUUGA